UUCCCUACAUUAGAAACUGAAAGAUUUAGGCAUUUUGAGAAUGGCAAAGCAACAUUUCUUCAAGCCUCUUCUUCCCGGAUUCCACAGUCACUUGACAAUUCCUGUGGCUUUCUUCUUGAAGAAUAUAGAAGGAAGACAUGAGCAGAAGACGGCGGAGCUGAGAUCAGACGCGUCAAAGAUAACUUGGGAAGUGAAGAUUGAUGGACAGAGACUCACUGACGGUUGGAAAGAGUUUGCUCUCUCGCAUGAUCUUCGAAUCGGUGACAUUGUGGUGUUUAGACAAGAGAGAGAUAUGUGUUUCCACGUUACAAUGUUGGGACCUAGUUGUUGUGAGAUUCAAUAUGGUUCGUGUUUAGACAACAAGAACAACCUCGGGAAGAUUCAAAGGAAGAAGAAUCCAAGAAGAGAAACAGAGUCUUCGUCACUAGAUCCUUCUUGUUUUGUGGCUAAUGUCACGGUUUCGAGUCUACGCGAUGACAGACUGAAUCUUCCAAGAAGUUUUGUGAGGGAAAAUGGUCUAGACACAAGAUGUGGAGAGAUUGUUCUGAUGAAUGAAAAGGGCAGAACAUGGACUUUAGAUUUGAAAGGAAACAAAUCAUACAGAACUACUUACAUCAAACAAGGAUGGAGAAGUUUCUGUCAUGCCAAUGGACUUAGAGCUGGAAGUAUCUUCACUUUUAAACUGAUCCAAAAAGGAAAAACUCCGGUUCUACGUUUGUCCCCCAAAGAGCCAGAGGAACAAGCUAAUGAAGUGUCCCUUUCCCCAGAACUGGAAAGCGAUGAAGAUACCAACCUUGGGAAGAUUCAAAGGAGGAAGAAAAGGAAGAAGAAUCCAAGUAGAGAUAUAGAGUCUUCUUCACUAGAUCCAUCUUGUUUUGUGGCUCAUAUUACGCGUUCGAGUCUACGUUAUGACAUACUGUAUCUUCCAAAGCGUUUUAUGAGGGAAAAUGGUCUAGAUACAAGAUGUGGAGAGAUGAUUUUGAUGAACGAAAAGGGCAGAUCAUGGGCUUUAGAUUUGAAACGAAAGAACUCAUGCGGAACUACUUACAUCAAACGAGGAUGGAGAAGUUUCUGUCGUGCCAAUGGACUUAGAGCUGGAAGUUUCUAUACUUUCAAACUGAUCCAAAAUGAAAGAACUCUGGUUCUACGUUUGGUCCCCAAAGAGCCAGAAGAAGAAGAAGAAAAAGCCAAUGUAGAGUCUCUUUCCACAGAACCGAGUGAUGAAGAGAGCAGCCAAGAUGAGAAGAGCUCACAAGAAUGUUCAAAAACAAUGGAAAAGAAGAGUAUAUUGAUACAGAAAGCUUCAUCUUCAGCUUCCCAAAGCCGAUUCGUGACCGUAACUCUUACACUUUACAACGUCAGCUUAUCUAGACUGACUCUUCCCAUACCUUUCACAAAGGUGAAUGGCAUACAAAAUGCAAAGAAGAUGAGUUUCUUGGAUAAACAUGGCGUGAAAUGGUCUACGAGUCUGAGGUUUGAACAGGACCGUCAGAGAAUGAGAUUGGUAGGAGGCUGGAAAGAGUUUUGCGAUGCGAACGGUGUGAAGAUUGGAGAAUCGAUCAUGUUGGAGCUAGUUUUGGAAGCAGACAAAAGCUUUGUUCUUAAGUUCUGCUCCAAGGUAAUGCAAGAGAUCAAAUGAAAUAGUUUCUGAGGUUAUUGAAAUACAAGAAUACUGGUUAAAGCUUUUGUUUGAUAUCUCAGUUUUCUGUUCUUCCUACUAGUUUACUAGAAGCUCCAUGCAUGCUUUGUCUAAAUGCUUAUGGUCAAUGUUCUUUUUGAGUGUUGUUGAAUGUUGUGUAAUAAUUUCAAUAUUUCUAUCGUCUACUCUGUUCUAGUUACAUUGAGAGAGCCUGUGACAGCUCAUAUGGUCACUUCACUUUCUUUUAUUUUUGAGCUAAGCAAAUAGAUAUGUUUUUUUUUUUUUUUUUUUGACUUCUGCAAAUAGAUAUGUUUAUUUGACCUAUUAUGUAA